AUGAGGGAAUAGUUUGAAAGAAAAUUUAACACAAAUUUUAUUACUUCUUAAUAGAUUUAAACAUAUUAACGUUAAUAAGAAAAUUUAGAUUGCUUGAAAAAAGACUUUUAAUUGGCUAAAAUACGCUUAAUUGCAAAAUAUUAUAAAAAAUUAGGAGGAUAGCUUGAAUUAAAUGGAAAUUUAAUCUCUGAGGAUGUGUAAAUAGAACUAAUGAUAAAAUCAUUAGAGAAAUAAUAAACCAAUUUAUUUUGUUUAGAUAAUUUAAAAGACUUUUUGAAAAAAUGUUAAGAAAUAUUUUUAAAUAAAGAAAUUUAUUUAAUUAAAUUAUGCAGAAUAUUUUUGUAGCUGAAAAGGCCUACUCAAGAUGAGAUAGAUUCUUUGAUUGAAGCAAAAGAUGAAGAAUCUAAAUUAGAAAUCAGGGAAAAAAAGGAAAUAUAUAUAAAAUUUUAAAGGGCUAUGGCUGAUGGUUAACUUGAUAUUCUGGCAUUAGAAAUUUUGAAUUAAACUGAUGAAGAUCAAUAAAAAAUUGAAGCAUUGACAUUUUUAAUUCAUUUAUUAGAUUUUGGAAAUGAAUACAUAUAGAGAAAAUUUUAUAACUUGUUAAAGGAAGAAAAUGUGAAAUAACAGUUUUUAGUAUUUUUAAGAAGAUUCUUCUUAACUGAUUUAGAUAUAAGAAUUAAAGAAUUAGAAUUAGCUGAAAGUGAUAAUACUUAAUAUAAACUACUCUGCCUUAAGGUAUUAUAAUUAUUACAAGUUUUAUGUGAAAAUCUAAACAUGGAUUUUUAAAGAUUUUUAGUAUAAUAAUAUGAUGAUGAUUCAUAUUAAGCUAAUAUUAAUAUUGUUAAUGAAGUUGCUAGUUUAUUAGCUAAUCUUUUAGAAAAAGGAUAAAAAGUAUUUUAUAAAUUAUAAGAAAUAUACAGAUAAGCUUUAGAAAGUUUAGUUGAAUUUUCUACAGGUUAUGUUGAAAAUAAAAAGGAGUUAUGUAAAAAUACAAGAUUAUUUACUUUAUUAAAUUCAAUAUUGCAAAAAUAAGAACUGUAAAGUUUAUGUUAGCUUUAUUAAGAAAACAAAAUGAUUUUAAAGGAAAGACAAUAAGUGAAUUAAUCAUUAGAUGAUGUCAUAAUGAUGGAUGCAAGAGGAAUUGGUUCUGAUGAAGGUAAAAAAAAUUAUGCUUUAUAUUAAACAUUGUAAUCUUUUAUCAAAUUACUCUUAUUAUUGACCUAAGGAAGAGCGGAUCUUUAAUCAUUAGAAUUCAUUAAAGAUACUGUUAAUAUUACUUUUUUGAUAAGAAUAGCAAAAUCUAUUUAUGAAGAAAGAAUCAAACCAAAAUAAAGAAACAUAAUUUUAGAUAAUAUUUGUGAUGAAUCAGAAACAGGAAAUCAUAGAUAUUGCACUAAUAGUUUAUGUCAUUUUGGAUUAAGAACAGAUGAAGACAAUAUGUUAAUACAAACAGGAUUUAAUAUAUUUAUCAUAUGUCUUAAAUUAUCAGAACAUUUUUCAGAUGAUUCUUAAUUGGAAUUAUUCAAAUUUGAUGAAGAAUAAGAGGAAUAACAAGAUUUUUUAGAUUUAGAUGAUUUUCAAGUAGAAUAACAAUAAAAAAAGAAAAAAAUAUCAAAUAAAUAAAUUUUACCUUUAAAUUAAAGAAGCUAAUUUGAUUAUAAUUAAGAUGAAGUUGAUGGUUUGUUGGUGAAAGAUGAAUCAAAAUUUAACGAUUUAAGCUUUAAAAAUAUUUAUUUGAAUAUUAGAAAUAACAAAAAUUAUUAGUUCACUAGAGUCUAGAGAUUCUUUAAAUUUUAUAGAAAAUUUACAGGAAGAAUAGAAAUACAAAAUGAAAACAAUUAAUUAGAAAAAGUUUAUUUUUAAAAACCAUUUGUUUGUAACUUUAUUACUCCAAAUAUAAAACAACAUUUGAUAUAUGAAAUUGAUAGAGAAACGGAUGAAGAUAGAAUGUUCGGAUUAAUUGAAUUUUCUGAAUUUUAUUAAGUUCAAAUGAGGCACUCUUAAUAAAUUAAUAAUAGAAAAACAAUGCAUUUUGGAGCUGUCUAUUGGAGAUUAUUAAAGGAUAUAUCCUUCAUUUUGUGUCUAAUUAUUGUAGUUUUACUCAUAUUUAUGCAUGAUACUGUAAUAAAUAGCAAAAUAGGAUCCAAUACUUAAGCACCUGAAGAUUAAAAUAUAACAUCUGGAGAAACCUUUGUUAGUUAUUUAAAUAAUGUAUACAUAUUUUUAGGCUAUAUUAGAUUAUUACUGUUGUUUAGUUAGUUUUAAAUCUAAUUAUAGUUUUCUUUUGUGCCAUUGAAAGAUAUCCUAUUUCAAUUACAUAUAACAGAGGACAGACAAACGCAAAAAGAGUACAAAUAUUAAAAAAAGAAGCAGGAUUUUAGAUUUCAUGGUUGACGAUGAAAUAUUAUAGUUUAAUAGGAUAUUUUGAAUCAGAAUUUUAAGAACAUCAAGUAAAUAACAGUAUAAUGAAGAAAUUAAUUUUGGUUAUAUUUUUUGACUUUGAUAAUUUCUAUAAUGUAAGAUAUAUAUAUAUUAAUAAUAAUAGAUUUGCAUUUUUGGCCUAACCGUAUAUGCAUUCUUUAAUCCUUAUAUAUAUGCUAUACUUUUAUUAGAUAUCAUCAAAAGAUCUGAGGAUCUCUAAAAUAUCAUAAAAUCAAUUACAUCCAAUGGUCAAAAUUUAGCUAUAUUUUCCUUCUUAGGAUUAAUUGGUUUAUUAAUCUAUGCAAUAAUUGCCUUCUCUAAUUUUGACUAGAUGUUUGAUGAUGAAGAAGGUGUUUAUGGCAAUACCUUUAUACUUGCUGUUACUUCAACAAUUAAUUUUGGAUUGAGAAAUGGUGGAGGUUUAGGAGAAUCUUUGACUAGUUAUCCAGAUGCUUAUGAGGAUCCUGCUUUAUAUUGGGGGAGAUACUUCUUCGACUUUACCUUUUUUAUCAUUUUUAAUAUCCUUUUUAUUUAAAUCAUAUUUGGUAUCAUGUUGGAUACUUUUGGCGAAUUAAGAGAUGAAAGACAAGCUUUGGUUAAGGAAAUUGAAGGCAAGUGCUUUAUUUGUAGCCAGGAUAAAAAUGAUAUUGAUACAAAGUAAAACAUUUAUUUAUCUUUCCUUUAGAGGUACAAAAGGUUGGCAUUAUCAUAUUUACUUGGAACAUAACGUAUAUCAUAUGUUAUACUACAUAAUUUAUAUUAAAAAUAAAGAUCCAAAUGAUUGUAAUUCUUUGGAGAAAUAUGUAAAAAAAUGUAUUCAAGAAAAGAAAACAAAAUUUUUCCCUUUUGGAAGAGCGCUUUAAAUAGAAGAAUAAGAAGGAGAGGAAGACUAAAUAGAAUAAGAAUGA